GCGCUGUGCCCCAGGAUGGCUCUGCGGCGGCCAGGUGAGGCCGGACCCCAGGGCAAGAUGUGCUAUCCUCCUGAGAGGCUCCAGGGAGGCCCCCAACACCUGGACGCCUACUACACGCCUUUCCCGCCCUAUGGCCACUAUGCGAACAUGCUAACCGCUGCGGAGGAAGAUUUCCAACCUUUCCCGCAGCUGGAGGCCGCCGUGACUGCAUCCCACGCGAUGCCCCCCUUUGCCUUCCGGCCCGCGCCUCUCUUGCUGAGCACCAGCCUGGCUCUGCAGAGGGAGCCGCUCUACGACCUGCCCUGCUACAGCAAGCUGCCACCGUGGUCCCCAAUUCCCCACCUCCCCAGGGAGGUGCCGCACUUCCUCAACAGCAGCCGCGAGUAUGCAGGCGCCACCGGUGAAGACGUGGGCCAUACUGGUGGCCGAAGUGACACUGGCCAGUGCUGUGGACCUGAAAUGUUAAUGCCGCCGCCGGCUGUGAAUGCUUCCCUGUUCCCUGAGGGGGUGAAGGCCUCCCAGUUAUUAUCUUGCUCCCCCAGCAAGCGGUCUGAGGAGGGCUCCAAACCCCUGAACCAACAAGGGAAGUCAUCUCACCGCUACCACUUCACCCAGGAGGACCUGCACUUAGUUCUGUUCGGGGUCAUUCCCAGCCUGGAUCACUCAGCCCCUCUGCACCACGCGGUUUCCGGUUUCCUGGUCCCCACGGACAGCUCUGGAUCUGAUUCUCUUUGUCGAACUCUGGAUAAAGACUCCCUUCAACUACCAGAAGGUCUCUGCCUCAAGCAGACGAUGUUUGGUGAGGUGCGGCAUUUUGGUGUAUUCUGCAGUAGCCUUGUUGCCAAAGGAGUCAGAUUUGGACCCUUUCAAGGUAAAGUGGUCAACGCCAGUGAAGUCAAGACCUAUGGAGACAAUUCUCUGAUGUGGGAGAUCUUCGAAGAUGGUCAUUUGAGCCACUUCAUAGAUGGAAAAGGAGGUGCGGGGAACUGGAUGGCCUACGUCAACUGCGCCCGUUUCCCCAAGGAGCAGAACCUGGUUGCGGUGCAGUGUCAGGGGCAGAUAUUUUACGAGAGCUGCAAGGAUAUCUGCCAGAACCAAGAGCUCCUUGUGUGGUAUGGAGACUGCUAUGAAAAGUUUUUGGACAUUCCCAUGAGCCUUCAGGUCACAGAGCAGGGGAAGCCGGUGCCUGGGCCCUCUGAAGAGUCUGCAGAAGGCUACAGAUGUGAAAGAUGUGGAAAAGUAUUUACCUACAAAUAUUACAGAGAUAAGCACCUCAAAUACACCCCUUGUGUGGACAAGGGUGACAGGAAAUUUCCCUGCUCUCUCUGCACACGAUCCUUUGAGAAGCGGGACAGGCUCCGGAUCCAUGUCCUUCACGUUCAUGAGAAGCACCGGCCUCACAAGUGUUCUACGUGUGGGAAAUGUUUCUCUCAGUCUUCCAGCCUAAACAAACACACGAGAGUCCACUCUGGAGACAGACCAUACCAGUGUGUAUACUGCACAAAGAGGUUCACUGCCUCCAGCAUCCUUCGCACGCAUAUCAGGCAGCACUCAGGGGAGAAGCCCUUCAAAUGCAAGUACUGUGGUAAAUCUUUUGCAUCCCACGCCGCCCAUGACAGCCACGUCCGUCGCUCGCACAAGGAAGACGAGGGCUGCUCCUGCAGCAUCUGUGGAAAAACCUUCCAGGAUCAAGAAGCGUUCUACUCCCACACGAAGCUUCACGAAGGCUACUAGCCCUCAGUAUGGGGACAAUGUAAAAACUAAAUGCUAGGAUUCUGUCUUUGUUUUCCUUGCUUACGGGUGUGUCCUACGAACAGAUGAUAGUUUUACUAAGAUGAGAAGCAGAAAAAUGGAACCGGCCAGAAAGCUGAUUUCACCAGCUUUCACAGAAAUGUUCUUCACAAUUUUUAACAAAAAUGGAAUUUUGGUGAAUUUACCUAAAAGUAGUGAACGCUGACUAUUCAUAGAGAGCUUCAGGGUCUGGAAACUCAACACAAACCCUGAGGGAGGGACUGGGAGUAGAGUUUGAUUUUUGUGAUGAAAAAGACCUUUUCUCUAUUCGUUUUAGAACCCCAGUUGUCAUGUCUGUGGCCAUCACCUGGUCUAUUCUUCAUAGAAUAAAUUCUUUAAAAGUCCAUUCAACUCCGAGCUUCCUUAGUAUUGUAACUGUUUGGACAUAGAUUAGUCUGCCAUCUUUCUUGUAUUUAUUUUAAGCCCUUAGUUCCCACCCUCCCCCCAUCACAUGACAAAUGCAGGUUAAUUUGUUCAGCACCACACAGAAUUACUACGGACACAGAAGUUACGUAUUCACGCCAUCGUCUGUGAGCUUUGUAAUUGGGGAAGAAAAAUUAUUGCCAAAUGAGAAAAGACUUAAAAAUUGCAAAAGACUAAAAAAUUAAGUGUUUUUAUACUGCUCUAGUUUCAAACCUGAUUUCAUUCCUGAUGAUGGCACAAGCGGAAUUUUUUUCAGGCCUAAUUAAUUAGCCGGUUCAUACUCUAUUUAGAAUGUAGAAAGAAGAGGCCCACCGAAAAGAAAAAUGUGCUGUAUCAGUUAUCACGAGGCUGAUGCAAGCCUUGGGGAAUGUCUUCUAAUAUGUGAGCGACCACAAACUGAUUGCACGUGGGUAAUAUUAGCCAACAUUUGUAAAUGAGCAUGAACCCUGGGAAAUGGUACUGAGCUCGCCAUUUAUGGAUAAGGAAAUCGAAGCCGAGGGUAAGGAGGUGAUGCAGCGGUCGCCUCCAAGGGACAAAGCCAGGUGGGCCCAGCUCCGCCACUCAGCCUCUUACCAAACCAGCAUGCUCCAUU